AAUAGAUACAAGGUAUACAUUUUUUUGUACCUCAUGGCUUCUGUCAGUGACCUGCAAGCUCGACGAGUUGAAAUUAAUAAUACACGCACUCUGUUGAACUCAGAAGGCGUUUAUGAAGCAGCAGAAGAUAAUUCAUCCCAGAUCAUUCUGGAGACCCCCGAUCCUGAUAUCGUCAAAACAAUCUCACAUUAUUUCGAGGCUGCUCUCAGUGGGCAGGAAUAUGUGUUAUCCCAUCCCGUCACAGACCAUGGCACUGACUCUUCAGCAGACAGUAGGGAUUCAGGGGACAGCCUGUUCAUAACUCAAGUGCCAGUGUCUGAGGUGGUGAGGUCUGUGAGAAGAUGUCACUCAAAGGAGAGGUCAGAGUUCACAUGUACCAUAGAAUCAGAGGAUGAGAGUGGGGCGGAAGAUGGACCUGCCACUCCCCAAAAGAAGCAGCAGGUCUCACAUGCAAUGAAACAUCACAAGAGGAAAGCAGAGAAGCAUGGCCUGAAAAAGUACUCCUUUCCCUUCCUGGGGAGCAUUUACAGAAGUAAACCCGUAUCUAGUCGAGAGAGGGCUUACAGAAACACACACCUACCACUAUUAAACAGUGUGACCUUCUCGAGUAAGGCAAUUGGAGGCUUUUUUAGAUGCGUCAAAACACUGAAGAAGUUCUCUAAAGGAAAAGCGACGUUAGCCUCAGCUUUACCAAACAGAUAUCUGGAUGAGGAAGGUGAACUGUCUCCACUGUCAGAACAGGAGGAGGAAUCUGAAGGUAGUGAUGAUGACAUCAGAGUGGUGGUGAGUAUGAUCAAAUAA